AUGAGAGCCCGCACUUGCCAGCCUUCAAGCUUGACUAUGCACUAUGCUGAGCGGCCGGUGGAGAAAGUGACCACCUCGAUCGACGAUGAUGUGGACCCUGACCUGCAGUGUUACAUUUGGGACAGCAGGUCGCAACAACCCCGGCAGCCACGACAACCCAUUGCAACAGGCAGACCCUCGGUGCCCAAUGCGAAGCAGCGACAGCUGUUGAACCAGGUGGUCGAGAUGGGAUUCAACGAAAGUGAUGCCAAACGUGCGCUCUCGAGUACAGGUUGGUCCGGCGUUCAAGACGCGGUGGCCGUGCUCGUGGGAGAGCCGACCUGCGGUGCGUGCCGGGCAGCGAGCCGGGCCAUAGGGAUCCUGCGGUCCGGUCAGCUCAGGGCUGAACAGGAGGGCCUUGUUUCCGGGAUCCUUCGCAUCGCCGUUGCCGAGCUCUCUGACCUGGUAGAGGAAAACCAGCGCACAGAGGGCGCGGCCGGGGCAACAGAAAACAAGGAGGAAGCGAAGGGCCUAACCUCCGGGCCUCUUCCAGGGACUCCCGCAAAGGAGGUCCCCAAGGCAGACAAGGAAGACAGCGAAUACACCUACGAGAGCGAGGAGGAGGAAGUGACAGAGGAAGAUCGUCAGGAAGCAACACCCGCUCGCGCCAGCGAGGGAAAGGGUGAGCCUGGAGACUCGGCCACUGCUGGUGCAGAGGCCGACCCGGGUACUGAGGUCAACAAAGACAGAGGAGAAGCCUAUAAGGAGAAGGUGCGAGGCAAGUUCGACCCGGAGUAUUUCACGAAGAGACUCUGCCUGACUCCCGCACCAAAGCCUCGCUCGGGGAGAAGCCGCGACAAGCGAAAAAGGGCAUCCCCUGAGAGGCAGCGAGGAGGUGAGGAGCUUGAAGCUGCAGAACACCAGGUGGCGCGGGCUAGCCCUGGUGAACGGGGGCGCUCACCGGGUGCCCAUCACGGCGACGAGGAUAGCGACAAGAGGGAGCCGUUGCCAAGAAGGCCACAGAGAGAAAAGCGGCCAAAGAACAGAGGAUCCAGAGGAGCAAAGAAAAGGGAUCGCGCCCGAGAGUUCAGGGCCAAAAAGAUCGAGGAGAGGAAGGCCAAAAAGGCCGCAAGAGACCAGGAAUGCCACCGAAAGCCAAAGCCAAAGCAGUGGCGCCCAGCGGCUGUGGUAGCCCACCCAGGUGGAGCUCCGGUCAGACCCCGCAGGGGGAUAAGGCGCCCUGCUGGGCUGGACGAGGAGGGGGCCGAUCCAUGGAGCGCAGGGAGCGUGGUACCGCUCCACACCAUCUCUUUGGAUCGCUUUCAUCCCAAGUCGUCCUUGGUGUUAACAGAAGCGGACUACUGUGGGGCCCCGGUGGUUGCGGCCGGCAAGAUACAGAAGGUCGAGGUGGACCACAACGGUCCGCACCUGUACUUGCGGCUGACGGGGACUACAAGCGAAAGCCUGUUGAGGGUACACACUCAGCAACCCGGUCAGAUCUUCCGGGUUCAUCUUUGCCCGGAGGGUUGCGGGAAGGUCGAGUGUGGAGAACUGUACCUUCACGGGAUCAAAGGCCGCCGAGGUCAAGACCAGGACGAGCCCUGGACGACCAACCUGGUGGAGGCCGCUGCGGGAGGAGAAGACGAGCUAGCGUUGCUUCGGGCGAGAGGCGCGGGGCAAGCGCCGCCAGGGGAGAAGGUGGCGAGCGGCCGUUUGCCAUCCAAAGCUGUGCAGAAGGAGGCGAGCCAGCUGUUCGCGGGAACGGCACUCGAUCCAAAAGAGCGGGUGCGGACCCGGGUGAUGAAGUCGGCCCGACGCUUUGCCGCCAGAAAGAAGGCGAAGGAAUCCUCCUCGAGCACCGGAAGCGGGAGCAGCAGCUCCUCGAGCUCCAGCAGCCAAGGUGUGGCGACGGGAGAGGUGGUCUUCUCCGAAGAGACCAAGACCCAGGCGCUUGGAGAGCGCUACCCCGGAGCCUUGACUAUGGAGACCUUGAUGCUGAUGCGGCGAAACUUGCUGGCCACGGCCGGGGAAGACGGGGAAGAACAGUCGACGAGACCUAUUGCUCUUCUCUACUUCCGUUCGGUCUUGGGCCGCAAGUGCAGCGGAGCGCAAGCCCGGGAGUUGCUGAACAUAUCGUGUGCGAUCGACGCCCUCCUUCGAGCCCGUCCUGCACAAGCGCUGGACAUCCUUUGCCAGCGACUAAAGGCCCAGGAGAGUGUGCUCUUGGGCACGAACUGGGCAGUUGCUCAAAGGGUGGAACUGGCGUCGCAGGACAGCACUACCCUCAUUCCCCGUGCGGAGCUCCAGACCGCACAACGGAGUUAUCUGGAGUCGAGGGCCAGGUGGCAGGCAUCGACGGGACAGGGGGGGAAGGGGGCUCCGAAGGGCAAGGGCAAGGACAAGGGCGAUCAGAGCACCAGGGACGAGAAGAAGGGCGAGCCUCGGAGAGAGAAAGGAAAAGGAGGGACGGCUCCUGCGGAGGCUAUCAAUUCGACAAGCCAUGCUCCUGAUGUCAUGGGAGUGGGCUGGCAUGAUGUGCGGGAUGGUGGUAGCGCCUCCCAUGCCCCUGAGGAAGCAGGUUUUUUGGCAUGCGCCGUGCCUGCUACAGGGAUGGUUUCUCCGGAAGGGCCUGGAGGGCCUGUCAUAGGUGACCCGGCCCCUUUUGUUGGCCAGGGCCACAAUUUUCCAGAACCUAGCCACAGUGCUGGGGCGCAGUCAGGACCUUUGUGGAGUCCGAGCGGCAAAAGGACGAGUGAUUUGGAAGGUCUUAGAUUUGUAGAGUUAGGGCCGAGGGUUCAACAGUGGCUGCAGGAGGUUUUACCGCUCCGCAGCAAGCCCAUGGGUAGGAGGGAUGUCACCACCCUGUUCCCCCUGCCUACCUCUUGUAGUACUCUGUCUGAAUCCUUCCCCUCUCUUUCUUCUCUGGAGGUGUGCUGGCUUUGCAAUGUGUGUGUUGGUCUGAAUUCCAUGUGGGGAGAUGGGCUCUCCUUCGAUGGAUCGGUCACACCGGUGGUCUACCGUUGUCUUUCCCGUAUUGUCUGCGACAUCCAAAGGAUUGGUACCUGGUCAGGCAGCUUAGAAUGUUUUGAUUGGGGUAACUUCUUCCUGACAAGGUCUGUGGACUAUAAAGGAGAUGAAGUUAAGACUGCUCGUGAAUUCACUUGGCAAAACAUUGCGCCUGCCCUUCCGGCGGAGAUUGGUCGGGUGCCAUUGGCAGAGGUCUGCACUUUGGGUGCCAAACAUUAUGUGGAAAACUUUGAGGCGUACCUGAGGCCGCCUGAGCGGUGGGAACUCAAGCGGCCUCCACGUGUGAUGGUGGCUGAUGACGCUUGGGCUGAAGUCUGCCGAGGACUUACCUCCUGCGGAAUCUGCACCUUCCUUACCGAGGAAGAGCUGUUCCACACGGGAGAGGGGCCACUCCUUAACGGAUUGUUCGGCGUCACCAAAGAUGAGUUCCAUCAAGGUCAUGAAGUCUUUCGCUUGAUAAUGAACCUCAUACCCCUCAAUGGGAUUGUGGAACCUAUGAAAGGGGACGUUGAGACAUUGCCUACCUGGUCGAUGACAACACCCUUUCAGCUGCAGCCAGAUGAGUCUCUGGUGGUGAGCUCAGAAGAUGUACGAUGCUUCUUCUACGUUAUCAGCGUUCCGCCUGCCAUGGACUGCCUACCCCCUGACCUUAAAGGUCAGACAGUCUUCCUCGCUGCCAAGGUUCUGCCAAUGGGGUUCGCCAACUCUGUGAGUCUGGCACAACACGUGCACAGGAACCUGGCACUGUGGAGUGGCCAGACCCAGGCUUCGGAGGAUGACGACAUUAAUCUGCCAGAGGCGGAGGUCCGCAAGGACCGGCCGGCCACAGUGGCCAGCCCAAGCUGGCGGGUCUAUCUUGACAACUACGAUCUCUUAGAACGGGUCAAAUCGGUUGAUCUGAGCCAUCUGGAGGGGCGGGAAGCUCCUUCAGUUUUGGCAUUGCGGCAGCAGUAUGAAUAUUGGGAAGUACCGCGGAACUUAAAGAAGUCCGUGAGCAGGUCUGCCCUUGCAGAGGUGCAGGGCGCCCAGGUUGAUGGUCAACUUGGUGUGGCCUACCCUCGCGAAAGUAAGUUGUUGAAGUAUUUGGCCGCCACACUGUCCUUGUUGAGUAUGGGCCACGUGACCCAGCGCCAAGUUCAGGUUGUAUGCGGGGGGCUUGUCUACGUUUCUAUGUUUCGGCGCCAACUGCUGGGGUCACUCAAUGCAGUCUGGCGAUUCAUCACUUCGUUUGACACCCUCAAGGUGCACAAGCAGCGACUCCCACCGGGCUGUCCACUGGAACUGGAACACUGCAGAGCAUCUCGAUGCUCGGCACAGCCUGAUUGGGAACAGCUGGUGCGUUCCUGUCGUGGCUUGGUUCCUGGCCCAAUUGUGCGGGCCUUUGGGCUUGUGCCCUAG